GAAUACUUGAAAGGUUUUAUUUUAGUUUAGUAUUCGUGGUGUAAACAAACCAUUGACUAUUGGUAACCUACCAAAUUGUAGAUGAUAAGUCAGUUGUUUGCCCAGUCCAGAUAAUAUUAAUUCAUCCUGCACAUAAAUAAAUUCGCCUUGUUUCUAGAUUAUUGUCGGUUGCUAAUCCCAAUAACAACUCAGCUUUAAAGUAUGGGAAAGAGAAAGGAUACCAGCACAGAGGAGGAAGCAAUGUUAGAAGGUGACUUUAUAUCAAUGGCUGUAAAGAAACACAAGAAACAUAAACACAAAAAACAUAAGAAGAAAAAAUCUGAGUUAGAUUCUGAAUCCAAGGUAGAUCUUUUGAAGUUGGGCCUUAUCAGUGCUAAUGAAGACGAUCCAGAUACAUUAAGCAUAUCAACUACUGUAUCAAAGCCCGCGUCAACAUCUACCUCACCUUCCAAAAGUAGUUCCAAAAAAAAGAAGAAAGGUAAGGAGAGUGCAACAUCAAGUGAAGAGGAAAGAUGGUUAGAUGCUAUAGAAUCUGGAAAAUUAGAAGAGGUAGAUGACGAAUUGAAAAAGAUAAAGCCUAAGGAUCCUAAGCUGAUGACUGCAAGGCAAAGAGCAAUGUUGGAGCGAAAAACCACAGAUAAAGAGCCUGGCUCCAGUGGAGAACAGCUAUUGGCACUGCCCACUGGAUACAGAGAAAAGGUCAUGACGCCGGAAAUGGCACUCAAGGCCCAGAUUAAGUCUCAAAAACGUAAACAACAAGCAGAUGAAAAAAGAGAAAAGGAUAAGAAAAAGACAAUGGAGCGAUUGCUACGCAAACAAGAGAGUAAGCCAGUGAAGAUGAGUGCCAAAGGUCGAGCAGUGAGACGCCAGGUUCCAACUGUGACUUUGACCAACAACCUGCAAGGAAUUGCUAUCACAUUGCCUCCUGAUAUUGAAUUUCCACUUAAACCUUUAAGUUAUCCAUGGUCUCCCUCGCCUGGGUUGAUCGCACUGCCUGGCUAUUCCGUUUUCAGAAACGAUCGCUUAGGAAAAACAGGUGGCGGCGUUGCCGUUUAUGUAAAGGACGGUUUGCAAGCCAGGCAGUUGUACGAGUCCCCGGGUGUAGAUCUCCUCACCCUUUACCUAAAUGUGCUGUACUUGGCUGCAAAAAUCCUCGAAGGUAUUCCUGCUCAAAAACUGGCGUCUCUCUUUGUAGCCUACAAUGCUAUAAGAAAAACCUCAGCCUAAACGACACUCGAAGCACAUAAAAUUGCUGUGAUUUUAGUUUUUAAGACUACAAUAAAUUAUUCACUAAA